AUGGAUGAGAAGGACCGCGGCAGCACAAUGGUUCUUCUGGGAGCGAGUAACGGAACCUUCCCCGGCGGAAACAUGAGGUCUUCGUUCAUGGUGGAGGACAGAGCCGGAGACCCCGGGGGCUCCACCAUCAAGAUGAUGGCGGAGGCUCUUGCGCCCCGGCUGCUGAAGAUUGCGCAGGGCGCCGCAGAGGCUGCAGCAGCGACGUCUCCGUCCUCCACCAGUCAGCCGCAGGUCAUGGAGACGAACGGGACCCGGUGCGGGGAGCAGAUCCUGAGCUACGGCCGCGUGGAGAAGGUCUUGAUCGGCGGGGUGCUCACCAUGCUCACCCUGUCCACCAUCUGCGGGAACCUGCUGGUGGUCAUCUCCGUGUGCUUCGUCAAGAAGCUGCGGCAGCCCUCCAACUACCUGAUCGUGUCUCUGGCCGUGGCCGACCUGUCGGUGGCUCUGGCCGUGAUGCCGUUCGUCAGCAUCACAGACCUGAUCGGGGGUCAGUGGGUCUUCGGUCAGUUCUUCUGUAACGUCUUCAUCGCCAUGGACGUGAUGUGCUGCACCGCGUCCAUCAUGACCCUGUGUGUGAUCAGCAUCGACAGAUAUCUGGGAAUCACCAAACCUCUGACAUAUCCCGUCCGGCAGAACGGCUGCUGUAUGGCCAAGAUGAUCGUGUCUGUGUGGCUGCUCUCUGCCUCCAUCACCCUCCCCCCUCUGUUCGGGUGGGCGCAGAACGUCAACGAUGGCAGAGUGUGCCUCAUCAGUCAGGACUUUGGCUACACCGUCUACUCCACGGCUGUGGCGUUCUACAUCCCCAUGUCCGUCAUGCUGAUCAUGUACUACAGGAUUUACAGAGCGGCCAAACUCAGCGCAGCCAAACACACCAUCACCGGGUUUCCCAGGGAAGGGGGGCACGGUGCAGGGCUGGCUCCAAGAGGGGGGCGAGGGGGGCACAAGGUUCAACAGCCGGUGGAGUCGGGGGAAACGCUGAGCGUGGAGGGGACAGAGGUUGAGCAGGAGGAGGCCGAGGAAGAGGAGGAGAGCUUGGACUGCGUGUCAGCGGCGCUGAAGCUGCAGCGGGAGGUGGAGGAGGAGUGUAGCACGCGUGUAUCCCGCCUCCUCAAGACUGGCGAGCACCACCAACGUCGGAAAAGGAAAAACCAGUCCAUCUUUAAACGGGAGCAGAAGGCCGCUGCCACUCUGGGCAUCGUGGUCGGUGCCUUUACCUUCUGCUGGCUGCCGUUCUUCUUGGUGUCCACCGCCAGGCCAUUUGUCUGCGGCGUGGAGUGCAGCUGUGUGCCGCUCUGGCUGGAGAGGACUCUGUUGUGGCUUGGUUACGCCAACUCUCUCAUUAACCCCUUCAUUUACGCCUUUUUCAACCGUGACCUGAGGACCACCUACAGCAACCUCCUGCGGUGCCGCUACAGGAACAUCAAUAGGAAGCUGUCGGCGGUUGGAAUGCACGAGGCUUUGAAACUGGUGGAGAAACCAGACUCCGACGUGUGACGCCGUGGGUCUGUCCGUCAGCGAUGCUGCAGAGGCCACCAGAGACGACCUCCAGGGAAAACCUCCACUGUGGCUUCGCUGUCAGGAAUUCCCCUGAAUGUGUGCGGUGGCGUCUGAGGUGAGAGGAGGCAGGACGCUGUGAUCAAAUGGAUGCACACAGAAGAAACCAGUGGGCUGGAAGGCUGCAAACCUUUAUUCUGACGACCGAGGGAAAGUUUGACUCACUGGAGAUGAAUUCACGCUGUCUGGACGGAGGCGGCUGCUGCUCACAGCCACCGUGGUGCGUUCAAACCCGGGUGCUGCCCUGCUCAACGGCCUUUAGCACGAUGUCGUUGCAGAAGUUGGUGGAACUACACACUGACUCUGUUCUUUCUAAUCUUCUAUUUUCACUGUGAGCCAAGGAAAACUUGCCCCCCCGAAAAGACAGGAAAAGAUGGAGUUGUUGGAGCUUGAUUGUCCACAAGGCUAAAACACCAAAUGUUUUCACCGUGUGUCCACGAUGAUCACAGUGACACCGUUCUUUCACUGCCUCGUAACACGUGGACGAGUUACAAUUAAAACACACCUCACAUGUAAAAAUGACACAAACGUUCCACCUGGUGUCACUUUCUAUCUUGUUUUUGUUCGUAACACUUGUGUUAGUGGUGAAUGUGCCGAACCUGCUCCCGCCUCUUCGCAGGUCACGACUGCUGCGUUACCG